CCCCCGGACUCCCAGGGGACACCGGAGGGAGCGGGGGCCCUGAGGUCUCCGCCCUCCAGCCCCUAGACCCCCGGGGCAGAGCCGACCAGCCCCUCCCCUCUUCCGGGAGGGGCCCGGGGGCGGGGCUUUUCCUAAGGGACAAGGCCAAGGCAUCCCGAAUUGGGACGGGUAGGGGACCGGGUGGCAGGUUAUUAAGACUGAGGGUGGGAGGAUUCCCAGGGUAUUGGGGUCAGGGUGGCAUUAGCCCAGCUCAAGCCUGGCUGGGCUGACUCAGCGUCCUGCCCCUGCCAACCCCUUCCCUGACAGCUCUGCUCUCCCAUGGGCAGAGAUGGGAGAUGGCGCUUGUGCUGCCCCUGGUGCUGCCCCUCCAGCCCCGCAUCCGUCUGGCUCAGGGGCUCUGGCUCCUCUCCUGGCUACUGGCGCUGGCCAGUGGCCUCAUCCUCCUCUGUAGCGGGCACCUCCUGGUCCAGCUGUGGCACCUUGGCUCCUUCUUGGCUCCCUCCUGCCAGUUCACUGCCCUGCCCCAGGUUGCCCUGGCAGCAGGAGCAGUGGCUCUGAGCACAGGUCUGGUGGGUGCAGGAGCCAGCAGGGCCAGUCUAGAUGCAGUUCAAUACCCUCCCUGGAGAAGGAUCCUGGGCCCACUGCUGGUGGCUGGCACUGCUGGAGGUGGGGGGCUCCUGGUCCUGGCCCUGGGGCUAGCACUAGCUUUACCUGGGAGUCUGGACACUGGGCUGGAAGAGGGCCUGGGGGCUGCCAUGGCUCACUACAAGGACACAGAGGUGCCCGGACACUGUCAUGCCAAACGGCUGUUGGAUGAGCUGCAGCUGAGACACCACUGCUGCGGACGCCAUGGGUACAAGGACUGGUUUGGGGUCCAGUGGGUCAGCAGCCGUUACCUGGAUCCUAAUGACUAGGACAUGGUUGAGCCUUGCCUGCAAAGCCGGCUCUCAGACCCUCAUGCCCACCCCCUCUUCGAUCCCCGGCAGCCCAACCUAAACCUCUGGGCCCAAGGAUGCCACGGGGUGCUGCUGGGACACCUGCAGGGGUUGGCAAGCACACUGGGCAGCGUGCUGGCUGUCACCUUCCUGCUGCAGACUGUGGUGCUCCUGGGCCUGCGGUACCUGCAAACAGCACUGGAGGAGCUUGAAGGAGUCAUUGAUGGGGAAGGAGAGACCCAGGGCUAUCUCUUUCCUGGUGGGCUGAGAGACAUGCUGAAGACAGCAUGGCUGCAGGGAGGGGGUGCCCACAGGCCAGCACCUGAGGAGGCCCCUCCAGAAGAGGCACCUCCUAAGGAGGGUCUACCUGAGGCCUAGUGGCCUGGAGCUUAGGGUGGGGGGCAUGAGGAGUCGACAAGACUGGAAACCUCACAACUCUUUACCAAGGCCCCAGGUGGUAGGGAAGGGGGGGGGUCCCUGGGAUUAGAGGGGUUAAGGAUAGUCAUUGAGCUGGACUGGGUAGAAAAAAACAGGGAUCCUUGGUCUAGCCCCUGUGGCCAGAACCACCCAGGAACAGAAAAAAACAUGAUGAUGAGAAAGUGACAUGGGAAGGACUGGAGACUGCUCUGGUGCAGACUCAAUAAAGCUUUUGGACUGAU